AUGUCAGGUGUCCAUGGAGGGGUGCAACGAAAAAUCCGAAAAGUAAACCCAAAUGCACUGUUCAGUCCUUGUUCUAAUCAUUCCUUGAAUCUUUGUGGAGUUCAUGCAUUUGUAUGCGUUCCUUCCAGCGUCACGUGUUUUGGAACAGUAGAGAAAUUAUAUUCGUUAUUUUCGUCAUCUACAGAGAGAUGGCAAUUGCUAAAAGUGAAAACUGGAAAAAAUUUAAAACGUUUAUCGGAUACUCGCUGGAGCUCUCAUUACGAGUCAGUAAAAGUUGUAAAAGAAAACAUAGAGACAAUUGUAAGUAGUUUGGAACAUUUUCAAGAUCCAACAAAAGCAAAUCUAGAUACAAGAUCAGGAGCAAGCCUGCUCCUGUCGGCUGUUUGUGAUUUUACUUUUCUAACCAAUUAUACAAUUCUGGCUUUCUGUACUGGAAGAUAUAACUUAAGUUCAACAAUAUUUGCAGUCUCCAAAAAUGACUCUUGA